AACUUGUUUAAUCUGAUCGGCGUUUUUUAGCAAGAUUGUUUUCUACGGGAUGUGGUUGCAGACCCCACGCACAACCCUUCUCCUUGUUGUGGGCUUUGGACUGGCAUUAGCUCUAGAAGAGCUACAGGUGGAGUUAUGAUUUGCAAUUUGUAAGUCCAAAAAUACACGUACACCUUAACCGUGAGAAACACGGUUUAUAAAUGUAGAAGCCUUAUAUAGGAUAUAAGUGUUUGAUCAUAAGUAUCUUCCUCGCGUGUGGAGGAACAAUCAAGUGAGAUAUGUUGUACUAGGUGAUUAUGGGAAAUCAAGCAGUCAGACUAAAUCUACCGAUCGGGAUGGUUGAAACGUGUUAUAUUUACCCAACCACCUCAUACCCUGACGCGCAACGCUGGUUAACAUGGGAGUUGGUUGUAAUAAACAUAGGGACGUCUAAACCAAGACUUGGCAUCAAUUCAUGAAAUAAUUAACUGUUGGUAAGUUCAGACUACCUGAUCGAGUUCUACGAGAUAGCCGCAAUCAUCAAUUGUAGAUGUCGAGUAACAGUUGAGGACCAGUCACACUAGCCCAAAUGCACUUACUGUUUAUCUUCCUCUAAAUCUUGAAUUUAAGUUUCCCUUCCGCUUGAUUAUCGUGAUCAGUGGUUAGACACUUUGAAUGACAUAGCUCACGACCGUUUGCAGUGACGCAAAUACAUCCACUCUUUGUCUUCCCCAAAAUUCUGAGAUUCUAAAUUUCCUCUUCUUUAUUUCACUAAUUUCUAUUUUGUCGAGUCGUAUCUCCAGUCCCAAACCCUUCCUAUUACCACUGGUACUGUUACUACCUCUACUUUUCUGAGAUUUGGCCCGAAAAUUUCAUCUUUGCGCUAAUGGUUUAUGGAGACUUGAAACGAUGUACAUACGUAUCAGGUUCUACGUUGUGACUGAUUCAUAUCCUGUCUUUAUGCUCUUUAGAACCAUAUUCCUAAUGUUUAGUCGUUCUCAUUAUCAUUAAUACUGCUAUAAUAUGAACUCAUUUGGUAUUAUGCUUGUUAACUUCAUUUUGCUGUGCAACUAUAUGCUAGACUAUACAAUGGUUAUGAUUGACUACUAAGUGUUUGUAAGACGUGGUUAUUAAAUCUAGGGAAUACUUUCAUAACGUUAUCUAUCCAAACAGUUAAAAGCACUGAAUGAACAUAAUUCUGCGGAUGGAAUAUUUAAAUUAUUCAAGAAGAUUGUGAUGCAGAAUGUUUAUAGUAUAUUCCUAUUCGUCCAUCUCGAACAUAAAUAUUAUUAAUGAAUAAAAAUAUUAGAGAAGUUCACUGAGUUACUAUGCUUUGGAAUUGAUUCAUUUCAUGAGAGAAUUUGUUACCAAUCUCAGUUAAGUAAAAUUGUAAUAAUGCUUCUUUAAACCACCAGUAGGCCAGCUCUACUGACGUUCUUUGCUUCGGACCCACUUAUUUUUUACUUAAUCUUGUUUCUGUUGUCUUUUUUAUGUCUGUUUUGAAAUAUAGAGACUUGGGCUAGUGCACUAUUGUUCUAGGUUCGAUAUUGUAUCAGCUUGGAAUUUAUACGUCGUGAAAUACUUUAUUGUGUUUAUAAAAUACUUGAGUGUUGUAUGAAUAGCAUUAAAAUAAUGGUUUUGCUUACUAAAAAUUGUCAAUGCUUUUUAUUCUUUUUAAUUAGGAUUGUUCAUUUGAUCCUAGCAGAUCCUUGGGGUUUUGUCGAGGAUCCUUUAAAAGUUAAAGAUCAGUCGAAUGUAGGUGCAGCUCAAGCAUGGAUAUUUUCGACUUUCCGUCAAAUAUUCCGUCCCUUUAAUCCUUUAUCCUUUCUUCGUGCUGCCGGGCCUUUCGGGCCUAGCCUUAUCCACUAUUUCCGUCAGGAUCUAAGAGGGUUUUUCGAUCAAAGACCCAUUCGCGUGGAAGAGAUGACAGAAAUACCUCGAGCAGAACAACUUGAAUCGACCCAGAAUUUUUCUUACGAUAAUCACAUUCAGUCAACUAAUGGUGAGGAUGAUGUUUUCAAGCCUCCAUCACCGAUCCACAGAACGAUGAAGACUGGGGAGACCGUCUAUGACAAAUCAAAUUCCAAUACAAUGGAUUCUAUUGAUUUAAAUGAUUUGGAUGGGUCUGUAGCUUUGGAUUACGUCUAUCAUAUUAACUGUCAGCACCCAAGGUACCAUUGUCUUAAUUACAUCUAUUGGUUUUUUUAGCUGGACUAAACUGUUCACCAUCUGAUUACUGUUAUUUCGCAUAAAUAAGUUCGUGUUAUUCAGGAGUAGAAAGAAAAGUAAAUUGUUUGAGGGAUUGUAACUAUUUUUAACUUUUGUGAGGCUUUUUCAGAGGCUUUUCCUAAAUGUUUAAUUAUGUCAGGAUCAGUGGUCGUAUGUAGACAAUAAAACCAACUUAUCCCGUCAAAUGAGAGUGAUUUCCCCGUAUUUUCGUGUUAAAGUAACUAGAGGUUCUUUAUUUAAUUAGAUUUUUGGUUUAUUUAGCAAGAGUAAUUAAUUUUGUAACUGUUGUAUUGUAGGCUUUCGCACAUUUUUGUGGUGAAUAGUUUCUUCGACUUAUGACGGCUGAUUCUCUUAGUCAUAUAUAUAUAUAUAUAUAUAUAUUGAGUAUCUGCACGUUGGUAUUCUCUUCUCGAAUUAAUUUGCUGUCCACAAAUGUCUUGACUCUGUAUACGCAUAAGUCUCCCAGUGCAUGUGAGCAAUACGCUCUUAAAAGUGAUGUACAUCAUUCUAGUUGGAUGAAUGAAAAUCUAUAUCUUGUUUGUUUUAGAGGUGAUUAUCAGUGAAUAGAAGGGUGGAAAUUCUUAUCCAAACGAUAUCGUUCCGUGAUUAGGCAUAUGAUGAAUAUGUAGGAAGUCACGAGUCGUGACCCUAUUUUCUAUAAAUGAACAACUAUUAAGAGUUUAGGAUGUAAUCGAGCGAAUUUUAAAACCUUUGAUACACUAACCACCAGUUACAUCAAGGAAUGAAAAUAGGCACCAUGUUAUAGCAUGAAAGUAAUUAUUGUGAAAUGUGAUCUAGCUGUAAGCUAUCGUUAUUUUAACUAACAUCUGAGCAAUGACAUUUGAAUUUCGCCUGUAGAUGUAUGCUAACUACAUAAACAGUUCACUGUAUGUAGCGAAUUUUUAUGAUCCUGUUUUGUUGAUUUUAUAAGUAGCUUAGCAUACUGUCUUCAUGGUCAGUGUUUAGAUGAAGAUCCAUAUGCUGUUACCACAAACACUGAUUCUGCUUUUCAUUCGUUCUUGUUAUAAGUAACCUUUUAGUUAUAAUUUUUAUGUAUAAUUAUCAGUAAAUUGACUAUUUAUUAUUUCUGCAAAAACACUUGCAUAACAUUGCUUUCUGGAUUUUCCAUUCGAUUUAUUGUCUUUCGAUAUUACUACGAUCACAUUGUGCUCUAUGAAUUAUUGUUAUCUGUGUGGAAAAAGUCUUUAAAAUUGUCAGUGAUUCAACUUUUAAUUACCAAACUGCAUAACUCAGAAAACCCCGUAUAACAGUAUAUGAUCAUUUAUAAACUCAACAUAACUUCUGUUUUUCAUAAAACCUUUCUUUAUAAUUCUUUGAAUUCUAGCGCUAUAUGGAAUUAAUUUUCAUUUGUCAAAGGAUAAACCAUAAUAGCAUAUCAAAAUGUUUGACAUCAAAAUUCAUUGAUUUAUACAACCUAGUUUAUAAUUAAACAUAACGUUAAUUUUUCAGUUGCUCAAUUUUUUCAAAACAAGCGAUACCAUUGUACUCCAUAAAUCUCAUAGUAACCAUCUGUAUAUAUAUAUAUAUAAUCUUGGUACAGUUUUUGACAUGAAAUUAAGUUUAUCACAUCACAUGUUGUGUCACGUUUAAAUAGAAACAAAAAAGUCACAUAUUACAACGGAAUGUUAUUAGGCACAAAUAGAACAACUUAACUAUGAUACCCGGCGUGAUUAUUAUCAAAACAUUUGCGGAUUGUUUGCAAGUCACAUUUAAAAAGUCUGACCCAGUAUACCUUCUGUCAAGUAAACGCUUUUAAAUUAGCCAUUUAAAAAGAAUUACUGGCAACAUACCAGGAUUUACUACUUCUGCAUUGAAAAAUCUCACUGAAAGCAGUUUUUAUUCUAGAUUUAUGUAUACAUAUAGCGGUAAUCGCUCAUGCUAAAUUUUAAAUCGUUUAAAUGCCUCAUGCUAAUCAACCGUAUAAGAAUUUAUUAAGUUUUGUUUAUUACGCUGUUCAUAGACCAUGAAGUACUUGCGACAAUAAAGUAUCAAGAAAUUCGUUGCAAAAACGAAAUCACAGUGUCGUAAAUGUACGAAUCAGGAACUUAAAAACGCACAAUUCAUGUACGAUUACAGUCAAGAUGUGAAUAUCAUGUUGUUUUACAAAAAUGUGAAACACUGCUACUGAUGAUGUUACUAAUUUUUCUUACUCUGGCAUUCUUACUACUAAUCUUAUCUCACUAUGCCUGUGCGAUGUGACAAUUGGAUACCAUUCACAUAUAUUAACCCUGUUUGAGCAUGAGCUGUCAAUCAGGACUCUUCACCCAACACUGUCCUGGGCUCUCCUUUCCAGUUUUUGACAAUUGCUGUCCAUUAUGUCAAUGUCUGCCUCCCAUUCCCGGCGUAAUGUGUUUUAUGGUCUGCCUCUUUUCCUCUUGCCGUGAGGAUUUCAAAUUAGGACGUACUAUGUGAUGCAGUUUAAUACUUUCCACAAUGUUAUGGCCUAUCCACUUCCAACAUCUUUUCCUAAUUUUUCUUUGGUCGGAAUCUAGUUUGUUCUCCGGCGCAGUAGGUUGCUGCUGAUGGUAUCUGGCCAACGGAUCUAGAGUAUCUUACGUAGACAGCUGUUUAUAAAUACCUGUACCUUUUUGAUGAUGGUUGUGGCAGUUCCCCAUGUCACAGCUCCGUGUAGUAGAACUGUCUUGGCGUUCGUAUUAAAAAUUCUGACUUUGAUGUUAGCUGACAGUUGUUUUUGAGUCCUAGAUGUUCUUCAAUUUCAGGAAUGCUGCCCUUGGCUUUGCCAAUCCUUGCCUUCACAUCAGCAGAUCUCCCUUGUUUAUCAAUGCUACUGUUCAGGUAGGUAAAAGUUUCCACCUCUUCCAUAGCUUCUCUACCAAAUGUGGUUAGGUCGCUGCUCGCUGUGUCGUAUUCUAGGAACUUGCUUUUUCCUUUGUGUAUGUUGAGGCCUAAUGAUGGAGAGACUUUCUAAAUUGACUGUCUUCGCCCGCACUUGUCUGUGUGUAUAGGAUAUAUGAACUAGGUCAUCUGCGAAGUCCGAAUCGUCUAGUUGCGUGAAAACUAUCCACUGUUUUGCGUAAUUUCUCUGAGCUGUAGAGGUCUUAAUGGUCUAAUCAACCACUAGAGGAAAUAGAAAAGGAAAGAGUAAGCAGCCUUUUCUAACAUUGGUCUUCACUUGUAAUGCAUCUGUGAGCCUCCCUCCAUGCAUGAAUUUGCAGCAUAGUUCUUCACAAGAAGUCUGUAUGAUGGUGACAAUCUUCUCAGGUACACCAUAGUAUCGGGAAACGUUCCAUGAGGCUUUCCCAUCAACACUGUCAAAUGCUUUUUCAUAGCCAAAGAAGUUGAUAUAUAGUGGUGAGUUUUAUUCAAUUGAUUGCUCAACAAUGAUCCGUAGUGUGGCCAUCUCGUCAGUACACGAUUGAUCCUUACAAAAUCCAGCCUGUUGAUCUUGAAGUUGGACAUCUACUGAAUCUUUCAUUCGGCUCAACAACACUCUGUUGAAAACUUUUCCUGGUACUGACAGUAGUGUGAUCCAUCUGUAGUUCUCACAAUUGCUCAGAUCUCUUCUUUUUGGUAUAUUGAUGAGGUAUCCCUCUUCCCAGUCCGCUGGUAUUUGUCCCUUCUCCCAGAUCUUUCAGAAAAUAGUGUGGGCA